CAGCCUGUUUCUUUCUGUGACAGCAAAAGAAAGAGAGAAGUUCAGACAGGAAGCUUCGGUUUCGCUUUUCAGAGCCAUAUCUAUCUACGCAAUCACAUUAAAGACAAAUUAAAACCAGAGCGGGAGAGCUGAAUGUUGACUGAGGGAGGGAGUACAUUCAUGCUCCCAAACAGCAGGAGAAAGACGGACUGAAAGAGAAACAAGACAAUAGAGAAAGAGAGACUAUGAGAGCAGUAAAAUAAAUAAAUAAAUUGUCUACGCGCAGUUUUACUGGACCACUCACGGUGCAACAUCAAAAAGAAAAGGAAGGCUGAUUUUAGAAGUGACACAGCAGCAUUCUGGAGUGUGCUGUUGCUUUACGGCGACCGCUUAAGUUUCCCUCACUGAGGUUCAUUUGAAAGUUGGACAAAAGCAAUACACAGACAUACAGUCUGUCUGAAACAGAAAGAAAGACGAGGAUUAAAACAAAUUCUGUAAACCUGAAACAUGCUGGUAAAGGAGUAUCGGAUAUGCAUGCCCCUUACUGUCGAUGAGUAUAAGAUCGGUCAGCUGUACAUGAUCAGCAAGCACAGCAAUGAACAAAGCGGAGGAGGUGAAGGGGUGGAGGUCGUCCGCAAUGAGCCUUGCACAGACCCCAAACACGGAGCAGGACAGAUCACAGAGAAACGCAUCUACCUCAACAGCAAAUUGCCCACCUGGAUGAGAAAGUUUGUUCCCAUGGUUUUUUAUGUGACAGAAACAGCUUGGAAUUUCUAUCCUUACACCAUAACAGAGUACACCUGUUCCUUCCUACCAAGGCUUCAAGUCAAGAUUGAGACGCACUUUCUGAACAACAACGGCUGCAGCGAAAAUGUGUUUGACGAUAAACCCACCCCAAAGGACAGCGUCUGCUUUUUGGACAUUUUGAGUGAUCCAAUCCCUGACAGGCAUUACAAGGAAUCAGAGGAUCUGAGCCACUGGGUGUCAGAGAAAACAGGUCGGGGACCCCUACAGGAUUGCUGGAGGAACAGCAGUAAACCUAUCAUGUGCUCCUACAAGAGAGUCACCUGUAGCUUUGAGAUCUAUGGCUUCCAGGGAAGAACGGAAGAGUUCAUCCACAGGAACAUUCGUGACGUUCUGUUGGUGGGACACAGACAGGCUGUGGCAUGGAUUGACGAGUGGCAUGGAAUGACGCUCGAAGAGGUGAGGCAGUAUGAGAAGAAACUGCAAGAGGAAACCAACAGCAAACUGAAGAAUGAUAUUAACGGCACAGAUUUGUCUGCCUCCCUCCCUCGCCCAUCCUUCACACGCUCCAUCUCUGUUACGGAUGAGUCGUCUCUGAAAAAGAUGGGGGUAAAGACCCUAGACAUUUCAGACGCUUCAUCCCACCCGUCAUCUCUCAAGAAUCCCAUCAGAUUAAACUCUACUCCGGAGUAACACCCCUCAACCUGUUCAAACCUCAACAACCCCACAAAUCCAGAUUUGUCAGAACCACUGCCAGUACCUUUUUGUGGACACCAUGACAGACCAUUCAGAAUUCUGGAUUAUGACAGCAAGAACGAAUAGAAAACCAUUCCAUUUUGUAUACCAAAUAUGAACGUCUCAAAUAUGUGAUUAUGUAAUCGUUUCUCUGGCUUCCUCAUGGAGAAGUUGUUGUCUUAGGUCUGAACAUUCACCUCACCAUAAUGGCUUCCACGUGGAUUUAGAAAGCGGUUUGUUCAACAGACCAACAAGAUGAGAGAACUAGAAGACUGUAGUGAGACCUAAUCAUGUGGAUUAUGGCAGAUUUAAGUGGCCAGCUGAAAUUAUGGGUGGGUUAGUGGUUUUUAGGGUAAACUUUAAACCUGCAUCAACAACGUGACAGAAUGUAACCGAACGUAGUUCACACAGAACACAUUAGCAUCUUUAGCAAAUAUACUCAGGGUGACAGAACUACAAAUGAAUGGAUUAUGAUAUAUUGUAUGAGGGUUUACGUUACACAUGGCAUUGUGUGGAUGCCAGUUGUUUUAUAGUGUGUUUGUCUGUAGUUAUUGUCAGGUUAAAGGUAAAGUGUGUAAUGUCAGUGCCACUAGCAGCACCAAAUAGCUCCGCCCCGAACACAUCUCAUCAGUGUUAGGCUGUCCAAACAAGUCUCCCAUUUUUGAGGAAAUCAAUCUACAAAUGGUUACUUUAUCUCUGAAAAAAGUGAUUCUUAUAAAAAUCUUACAGAAUUAAAAAUUACACACAUUAUCUUUAAGAUAACAUCUUUUUGUGAGGUAUUGGGCAAGUAUCUUGCCAAAAAGCAUGAAGAUAAUCAUUUUGAGGGAACAAAGGGAAGUUUGAUUAUAAAACAUUAUUUCAGUUAAAGGUAUGCUAUAGCAAAAGCAUGACGCUUCCUCACUUACUUGAGGAGUGAGUAAAAGACUCAAUAAAGCGAUAAAAGUCUGAGACUAUUUGAAGGCGUGUUGUAAGUCUUUUUGGAACUGCCUUUUUUGCUGUCAUCAGUAACUUUCUCCUUUUCUCAUUACAUAAAAUUACAAAGAGGCCCGCUGCUUCCUCCUGUGGCUAUUGCUAUAUGCAUUCACUGCGUGUGUUUUAUUUUCCUCUUUUUAUCUUACCGACGAAGGGAUGUGGAAGACAGAGAUUGAAUCCACGCUUCCUGGAGUCUUCUAGUAGCACUCAAAGGACUCCAGUCUGUUCUGCUAAAACUCAGCUUCUCUCACCCUUUCAAUUUUUCUCCAUCUUCAGUAUUCGCGCUUCCUGCCCCUGCUUCACAUCCUAUUUUGUCUAUCUCUCUCAGGAGAACAUUUCUGAUGUAUAAAUUUCAUUAGAACAGCUUCUGAGGCAGGACCGCUAGUGCAGGCAGAUUUAAAGAUCUUUAGGCAAUUCCAAUAAACACUUUAAGCUAAGAAAAUCCUUAGCGUUAAUAACCUUACAAUGAUAAUUGAGGCUUUGCUUAACUUAAGGGGUUUGUUCCAACUGAGCUUUGUUUGUAAAGCCAGAUAGAAUGGAAUACAGUGAAUGGCACAGUGGUAUAAAAUGCCUUACAUUUGACUUUUUUUACAACAUUGAUUUUAUUCGUAAAUUUAAAUGCUAUCAUUUGAAGGAACUCUGGAACACUCAAUUUACACUAGUUGGGCUACGUAUAAAAAAACCCUGACCAUAUGCUUUCGAGGCAUAUAUUUUUUAGGUGGCACACCAGACCAACAAGAG